AAUUUCAUCCCACCAUCUCCUUUUUAACCACUUUCUACAAUGGCUACCAAACUGGUACUAGCGAUUCUGCUGUGCUUUGCUGUAUCGUCUUUGGUGAGCGCUCAGGGGCCUGAGAGGCGCCGCUUCAGGGAAGAAGCUCAGCAAUGCCGGCUCGACAGGCUUCAGGCAAGGCCGCCCUCGCGUCGGAUCGAGUCGGAGGGAGGCAUUAGUGAGAUUUGGGAUGAAUCAGAGGAAGAGUUUCAGUGUGCUGGAGUUGCUGCCAUGAGAAGCAUCAUAAGGCCCAACUCUCUCACUGUUCCUAUGUUCCAAAGCUCCCCCAUGCUUAUUUACGUGGAGCAAGGGGAGGGGUUCUUGGGGCUGAAUUUCCCAGGGUGCGCAGAGACAUACGAGGCACAAUCAUCCCAAUCUUCAAGACGGUCUUCCAGGCGUCUGGGGCGUCGAGUCGGCGCUGGCAAAGAGGAAGACCAACACCAAAAGGUGCGCAGAGUCCGCCGUGGUGACAUGAUCGUCGUCCCCGCCGGUACUGUCAAAUGGUGCCACAACGACGGCGGUCAAGACCUUGUCCUGGUCUCCUUCUUGGAUCUCAACAACGAGGACAACCAACUGGACCUCCGCAUCAGAGCAUCAUUCUUGGCCGGUGGACUUCCAAGAGAAGCAUUAAGGCAAUUUAGAGGAUCAAGAGAAUCAAGAGGAUCAAGAUCGUCAGAGGAUCUAGUGAACAUCUUCUUUGGGUUCGAUCAGGAGCUUCUUGCAGAGGCAUACAACAUUCCAUCAGACCUGGCCAGGAAAAUCCAAGAACAAAGGAGCAGCGGAUUGAUCGUGAAGUGCGAGGAAGACAUGUCGUUUUUGACACCGGAGGAGGAAGAGGAAGAACCGAGUGCAUCCCCUUCUUCCAAUGGGCUGGAAGAAACCAUCUGCACUGCACGAGUCCAGCACAACAUGAACACACAAAAGGAAGCCGAUGUGUACUCAAGGGAGUCCGGUAGAAUCAACAUUUUGAACCGACUGAAGCUCCCGAUUCUCAAAUACAUGGACAUGAGUGCUGAGAAAGGCCAUCUUUUCCCGAACGCUCAAUACAACCUGCACUGGUCAAUGACCGACCACAGAUUGGUGUACGUGGUGGAGGGAGAGGCAGAAAUUCAGAUAUCAGAUGACUACGGCAACCAAGUGUUGAACGAGAGGGUUUCGAAAGGAAACAUGUUUGUGAUCCCCCAAUUCUACGCCUCACUAGCCCAGGCAGGCCCAGAAGGGUUCGAAUGGGUCACUUUCAAGACCUCAAAGCAGCCCAUGAAAAGCCCAGUCGUUGGCUACACCUCCCUCUUCCGAGCCCUCCCGCAACAGGUCCUGGAACAAUCAUUCCAAAUCACAGCAGGAGAGGCCCAGCAACUGAAGCAGACCAGAAGCAGACACACUUUCCUGUUCCCUCCUAGCAGCAGCAGCAGCAGCAGCCGCCGCCGUAGGUUCCCUUAAAGAAGUUCCCUUUUGCAAGUGGUAGAGAGUAGAGAGAUAAAAGAAAACGAAUAAGGCCAGACGGUACCACAGCGCAGUAGAGUUUUAAAAUCAUGGUUAUAUGUAAUAAUAAUAUAUGAAUGCAAUAAAAAAUAUGUGGCCGGCUGGCCUUCUUUCCUCA